CCACAUAUAACCCUGAGAUUUUUUUUCCUGCGGACAGACUUAGCAAAUCUGUAGAACAGCAACUGAAGACAGGGUCUGUAAACUGUGAGCAUCAGGAACUGUAAACUGUAAACCAACAGUGCAAUUGCAGGCAUGUUGUUGGGUUACCGUCAGCUCAUGGUGAAUGAAUAGUGUAGUUGUCCGUAGGGUUUUCAUGGCAAGAUACUGAAGCAGAUUGCCAGGCCUUUCUUCAGUGCUGAUACUGCCGCUGCCCAGGUUUGAACCUUAUGCGUUGAAGUCCAGUGCUGAUGCCACUACACCACCAGCAGGCCCAUAAAUAAAUAAACAGCAAGUAGAUUAUAAAUAAGACAAUGAAUAAUAAGCAUGAAGUAAUAAGAGUCCUUAAUUGUGUAGUUAUCGGCUUUUGUUCAAGAGCCUGAUGGUUGAACUUGGUGCUGAAUCUCCGCAGAAGGAGGUAUACAUUAUAUUUACAUGACAAAACAAUGACAAUACCGUUUUGAGAUAUUAUCUGGACUGAAAGACGCAACGGUGCGCAAGGUUGCAAAAACCUAGUGCUUGUUACUUGCUUUAGUGAAUAGAAACACUAAAGUCUAUGGAUGGAAUAUAUUUCUGUCCUUAGUUUUUUUCGCCCUCUUCCAUGUGUGUAUAUAUAUAUAAUGAUAAUAUUGCACUUUUUAAACAGCGAUCGAACGGUGUACUUUCUCACAGAAGGGGGUUGGGUAGCGGUGUGGGGGCGUUCCCACUGUGAAACAAACUGAAGCUGUUCUUUCUGUGCUGUAAAAAAAAACAGGGGAACUUGGGCCGAUCUGCGUGAUUUGGCUUCGUUCCUGCUUUUGAGCUGCGUUACUUUCGUAGAGGCGGAGGAAACAUAGCUCGGUGUCGGCCCAGCCCGGUCGCUGGGACACUGAGGAAGUCAGGUUCAAGGAGCAGCAGCCGCAGACAUGAGCGCAGUCAGGCACCGAGUUACUUUCUUGUUCGGCGUGUUGUGGGCCAUCGUGCUGGGAAAGGUCCCGGAACCAGAAAAUGUAACUAUUAGCCUGAUCCAAUCAAAGAGGUUACUCAGAUGGAAUCCUGUUCCUUUCCAAGAUGGUCCACUGACAUACUCUGUUCAAAAGUCUUUAGAAAGAGGAGAGAACCGAAUGUGGAGAGCUGCACAGAACUGCAUGCAGAUCAUGGAGACAGAAUGCAAGUUGGAGAGCCUCGCUCUCGAUGCACCCUAUGACCUAAGAGUGAGAGCAGAACAUGGAAGUGAAACUUCAAACUGGGUUGAAGCAGUAUCGGCUCCAAGAAACAUAAAGGUUGUUUCUUAUAACUUAAAACAUGUUAUGACAUGGGAGGCAGAUGCUCUUCAACUCAGUCCGGUGACCUAUUCUGUACAAUUUCAAGGGAGCUUUGAAAGAGCAACCAAGGACAAUUGGACUGAUGCAUUGAACUGCACCCACACUCCCGUGACUGAAUGCGAUCUGCUGGAUAAUCUUGCUUUCUUUGCAAAGUAUCAUCUAAGAGUAAGAACGGAGCUAGAAGGUGCAACAUCAGAAUGGGUUGAAAUAGAGCCCUUUUAUCCAUAUAAAGACACUGUGAUUGGUCCUCCAUCAGUUACAGUGCAGUCAGAGGCAGGCGUGUUACACGUCAGCAUUAAAGAUCCAGUCCGUGAGGAUGAAAGAUCCAUUCGAUUAAAUUAUCGGGAUCUUAUUUACAAUGUAUUUUAUUGGGAGAAGACUGACGAUGGAAAUAUAAAUGUACGUAAUGUGACAACUGUUUCAUCAACUUUGCUGCAAGAUCUUCAGGCAUGGACUACGUACUGCCUGAAAGUGCAUGCCUUUGUACCUGAUCUUUCAAAGGAAGGCUUGUCCAGCCCUGUGACUUGUUCUUCUGUCACUGCUAAUGCUAAGAGAAGAGCAAUCGAAGCAGCCCAGGUCCUAUUCAUCGCAUUGUUUUCUGUUUUGCUGAUAACACUGGGAUGUUUUCUCUUUGUGAUCUAUGUACGCAGAACGGUCAAGCACCUAAUGUACCCAUCCUACAGCCUCCCGGUGCAUAUAAGAGAGUAUUUGACCGAAUCAUCCCAACAGCCUGUAUUUCCGGCGGUGAUUAAAGAUAACCUCCAGGAGGAUCACUGGGAUAAACUCUCUAUUGUGUCACGAUCAGAGACUUCACCAGUGUCACUAAAUCCAGAUAAAGCCAAUGAGAAGAAAAUGAACCAAGAGACAAAGAAGUCUGACUUGAAAAUUACUAAUGAAGAUGAAGACCUGGAAAGCAGUCAAUCAAGUGUAGAUUCUGGACAUUAUUCAAAUAGUACACAAGAUUCUUCCUCUAAAAAUCCACAGAACAUAGAUCAUUACUACAGUUACAACCCUUCAGCCAUCAAGCUCCUGCAUCAGCAUGGAUAAUUUCAUUCACCUCAACACUGAACUGAUUCUACAGCCUAUGGACUCAUUUUCAAGGAUUCUAUAACUUGCGUUCACAAUACUGCUGACGACUUUUGGUAUUUCCACAGUUAGUCUUCUUUUGCACUUUUUUGUCAAUCUUUGAAUACAGUUUUUCAUUGAUUUUCAUUGCAUUUUUAUUCUAUUGUGAAUACCCGCAAGAAAAUGAAUCUCAGGAUAGUAUAUGGUAACAUAUAUGUAUUUUGAUAAUAAAUUUAUUUUGAAUUGUUUCGCUGUGGUUCAACAAUUAUUAAUUUAGGACAACUUGCAGACUUUUUUUUUGCUAUGGUGGAAAUAAGAAAUUUAAAAUAUUCAUAGCAAAAGAACAACUGACCCAAUUGAAAGGCAAAUCCAAACAACGAGGGGAAAACAAAAUCACACUAAUAAAAUCUGCCAUUUGAAGACUUCAAAGAAUCAUUUUCUCCAGCAUCACAAAGGAAACCUUCUUUCACAAGUUUUGUUAAUAGAGAACUCAACAACAAGAAAAUAUAACACAAGGUUUAUUUCAUAAAUAUUCUCAUGAGCAAAUAAAAGUAAAGCUGAUACUUAAUAGUGGCAUUCUCUCUUCAGACAGUAAUAAAAUUUGGAGCAAACAUUCUGGAUCAGUAUUGCCUUUAUGGCUGUUAAAAUUUAAAACAAUACAAUAGGCAUUCUUUUCUACAAAUAUUUAGUCUAAAUCCAAAGUUUACAAUGCUUAGGGGUGCAGAUUUCUUUUUAAGACUGAAAAGCAGCAAUAAUAAUAAAACAUCCACGUUUUCUUCAAUGGACUCAAGUAGCAGUCAUAUUACAGUUAUCAGCUCAAACAGUGCAUCAUUCACUGUUAACAUGACUCAUUAAAAGUUUCAAACAUGGUUAUCAAACUACAAAAUUAAGCACUAGAAAUUUACACCCAACAAAUAUGUUGCAUUGUAGCAUCUCAGUAUUGUAUGAUUUAUUCCAAUGGAGUGAACUUUGCCACAUUACAAUGCAUUGGCUGUAUGACUUUAGUGUUUAGCCCAGCAACAAGGGUGUGAAUUUCUAAGCUUACAUGUUGGUAAAAUGCAAUGAGUUUUUCCAAGAAUUAUUUUGUAGAUAUUACUAAGAUUACUUAAAUUACUGUUUGGCCAAAAAGUACAAAGCAAUGUGUAUUUGUAGGUUCUGUUUAAGUGCAGAACAUCCUGAGUCAUCUCAGUGCUGAAAUGGAACAGCUUUUAUGCCCAAAGUUCCUCUGUUCUCCCAAAUUUAUAGAUCAGGCU